UCAUCCGUUAUUUCGUCUGUGACCUGUGUUGCGAAUUCUUUUCAUUUUUUUAUUUUGAAUAAUAUAGGUAAUGAUUUGACUAAAGGCUGUAGAUUUUUUGUUGAUAAAUAUUUAGCGGCACCAAUGAAGUAAGUAGCGCAGGCCGCGGAUCGCUGAAUUUAAUUACAACAAUGGCUGUUGUUAAAACUCCAGUUCUAAAAGUAAUUUUAUGCGGUGAAUAUGGUGUAGGAAAGAGUUCCUUGUUCCGCCGAUUCAUCAAUAAUACGUUUGUCCCAAAUUCUGAUAGAAGGUCUACGUUAGGCUUGGAUCACUUUGAGAAAUUGUAUCAAGUUGGCGACAAAGACGUCAAGUUGCAGCUUUGGGACACUGGGGGCAUGGAAAGGAUUGCUUCUGUCACCUCAAGUUACUACAAAUUUGCUGAGGCAGCUAUUUUAGUGUUUUCCUUGGACAACGCCUCGUCUUUCCAUGUUCUGAGUCAGCAUUUGCUGGACAUUGUGACAUAUGCAGAGAAUGCCAAAAUAUUUUUAUGUGGAAAUAAGUCUGAUUUAGAAGGGACAUCACCACAGGUUACUGAUGCGGACAUAGACACAUUUUGUGAACAAUGCCAUAAUCUUAUCAGCACUACAUAUAAAACAUCAUGCAAGACAGGCAAGGGCGUUGAAGAAAUGUUUUCAGACAUUGCCUUACAGCUGGUUGAGUCCAACAGAUCUCGAAUUGAACUUCAGACUUUGAAUCAUGACAGCUUCAAAAUCACAAGUCCAGAUCUGCCUGAGGAACCUCCAUGUAGUUGUUGAUGUCUGCCUUCUAAACUGUUUAUCUAACAAUAUGCUUUUGAUAUGCAUUUAAAUCACUAAUACUAUGGGACGAGCAAUGAGUGCAUUGCAUUGCUAAGGUUAUUGCUUUCUGAUGAAAAAUUGACACAAAAUCCAAUUUCUAAAUAAAAUUCAACUUCCCCUUUUUAUCACAAAAAAUAGCACAAAAUAUGAAUGGAAUGUACUGUUUUCUCUGAACUUUGAAUCCAAUAGGAAUAGUGAAAUUCAGAUUUAAUAUUUGAUAUUGUGCUGCAUUACUUUUAUGAUUAUUAUUUUUUAAUUAAUUGUUAACAUUUAUGUAAGCGUAAUCCUCGAAUGUAGUUAAGAGUGAAAGUUGUUUUAAAGCUUUAAU